AUGGGUGUAGAGGACGAUACUGGAUCACUGCUGUCUGCUUUGACUGCUGCCCUUCAGUCUGCAGCAUGGGCAUUCCCAGAGACGGAACAGCAACUGCUACCCCCCGCCGAAGGCAUCUCGCUCCUUGACACCAAGAAUGACCUCCUCCUCUCCUACAUCCAAAGCCUCGCCAUCCUGGUCGUUAUCAAGCUGCGCAGUGGCUAUGCGGAAGAACCGUCGACGGACUUAGUGUCUGAAGUUGUAAAACAUCUUGUCGACUUGCGGGUCUAUCUCGAAAGGGGAGUUCGCCCACUGGAAAGCAAAUUGAAAUACCAGAUCGACAAAGUUGUGCGGGCCGCCGAAGAAGCUGAGCGCAGAGCUGCUAGAAGGACCGCAGUGGACCAAGGGGCAAAGAAGCAGCCUGCAAGCAAGACACCCCAGGGAAAUGUCAAUUUGUCAAACGAGUUCGAAUCUGGCUCGGAAGAAUCAGCGGAAGAUGAUGUCCUCGAAAACAGUUACACUGAAGGCGAUAUGUCGGUGGGACCAAGGCCUGCUGCGCUCCUACGGAACAUGGCUGCGCAGAAGAAGGAAGACCGAUCUGUCAAGCCACGAUCAGCACCCAACGGCGCAUAUAAACCUCCACGUAUAACACCAACUGCAAUGCCGGAGCCGGUUUCACAUCGCGACCGCGACCCCCCCACAAGGAAGCGCAGGUCACAACUUCUGGACGAAUAUAUUGACGAGGAAUUUUCCACAGCGCCACUCGCACAACCCUCGAUUGGCUCCAAUAGUACCAUUGUCAAACAUGGCCGUGGGGCUAUGUCGGCAAAGGAACGUGAAAAGGAGCGCGAAAGGACCGAAUACGAAGAACGAAAUUUCGUCCGAUUGCCUGCAGAGAGUAAGGCUGAGAGAAGGAAAGCGAGGCUACGAGGCGAAAUGGACAAGAGAGACCUAUUCGGUGGUGAAGAUUGGACAGGCUUGGGUGGACUGGGAGACCGAAUUCACAGGAGCGUUGCAGGCAGGGCGAGGGGGGAAGGAUCUAGUGUGCUGGAGCGAAGACAGAAGAGAAGAAGGGAGACGCAGGACGGCCCCAGAGGGGAUGGUGGUGGUAUGGGCAUCGGUGAGAGUUUUGAAAAGAAAAGGAGAAUUAUGGAGCAGAGGGCGGACAAGAAGGCGACGAGGAGGAGAUGA